AUGACUAUCAAUACAAACAACAUAAAGUCGAACAAUCAAAAUUGGGUUAAUGGGAAAGCUGUCAGUGUUGAUCCAAUCACAUUAGUAAUUAAUGAAUGUAUGAUUAUGGUCUCAGCAAUGAGGCGAUCCAACAAAUGGCCACAAGGAGGAGUUGCAAGUCUAUUAAAUGCUAGCGAAUUAUUUGGAGGAAAUGAUGAUAGAGAUGGAUUUUCUUCAAGUUUAGGAAUAUCUUCAAUUUUGAAUAAUCAUAAUGUUUCAUCGGAUAAAAAUUUUGAAUCUAAUGGUUCUAACUCGGUAAAUCGACCAAAUCAUGACAAUCCUUUGCUAUCUUCAUUCUUACAAUUAAGAACAAUACUUACUGAUGCAAAUGACAUAUAUGAUAUCGAUUGUUUGACAUUAUUACAACCAUUUUUAUUAGUAAUUAAAUCAUCUACAACAUCUGGAUAUGUAACAGGUUUAUCAUUAAAUGCUGUCUCAAAAUUUCUCACUUAUGAAAUCAUAUCUUUAAAUUCCAAAAAUCUACAACAUUCAUUAAUUCAAAUAGUUUCUGCAUUAACACACUGUCGAUUCGAGGCAGCAGAUCAAAACUCAGAUGAUGCGGUACUACUAAAAGUAUUGAGAUUGAUGGAGAAACUCAUGGAAAGUCCACUUUCAAAUCUACUUUCUAAUGAAAGUGUGUCGGAAAUAGUACAAACUUGUUUAUCAUUAGCAUGUAAUAAGAAAAGAAGUGAAGUUUUGAGAAGAGCAGCUGAAAUGUCAAUGAUGUCGAUAACUAUGGAAAUUUUUACUAGACUUAGAGAGAUAGAUUUAGAUAAAGAAUCAGUUGAUGAUUUACAAACCAAUUUUGCAAAUACUAAAUUACCAGAAGAUACAAUAGGAGGAACAGAUGCUUUAGAAAUAGGUGAGAAAAAUACUUCAUCAGAGAAUUUAGCUUCACCUAGAAAAUCAGGAGAACAAGUUAAUGAACAAUUUGGAAUUAUUUGCAUUAAUGAAUUUCUAGGUAUACUUGUAUCAAUUAUAUCACCUUCAAAUCAAUAUCAACAUAUGGAAAGCACGAGAGUGUUUGCAUUGUCACUAAUAAAUACAGCUGUUGAAGUUGCGGGGACAGAGAUACCGAAGCAUUUAUCCUUAUUAACAAUGAUUGCAGAUCCAAUUUCAAAACAUAUUCUACAAAUUAUAACAACAACUGAGUCAGUUAGAUUAUUAAGAGCUGCAUUACAACUUUUUUCAACAAUUUCAAUUAUUUUGGGAAAUCAAUUAAAACCUCAAUUUGAACUUUCUGUAACAUUAAUAAUACAAACACUAUCACCAGAAAUUAAAAAGACAAAGAAAGAUCAAAUGACAAAACCCAAAAACAAUAAUUCUAAUAAGUCUCCAAUUGUAAAAGAACUAUUACUUGAAUCAUUGAGUUUGCUAUGGAUUAGAUCUCCAGCAUUUUUUACACAACUUUAUAUUGAUUAUGAUUGUAAAUUUGAUAAAUCCGAUUUAUCAGAAAAUAUUAUCUCAUUUUUGUGUAAAUUAUCCUUACCGGAGUCAGCAUUACUUACAACUCACAAUGUUCCACCAUUAUGUUUAGAAGGUGUAUUGUCUUUCGUGAAUGGAGUAAAUGAUAGAGCACGAAAUUCCAAUUACAGUCAUCAACGUGCUAAAAAAAAUAAGUAUAUCGAAAAGAAAUUGAAGAAAACAGCAUUCAUUAAAUGUACUGAAUUAUUAAAUAAAGAUCCAAAAGAAGGUAUUAAGCUUUUGUUAAAGGAAAAAUUCAUACAAGAUGAAACUGCUGAAGAAUUGGCAAAUUUCUUUUUUUCAAAAUCAGGUAGGUUGAACAAAAAAAUGUUGGGUGAAUAUUUAGCAAAACCCAAGAAUGCUGAUCUUUUAGAACGAUUUAUACAUUUAUUUGAAUUCAAAGAUUUAAGAGUGGAUGAAGCACUAAGAGUUUUAUUGAAAGCUUUUAGAUUACCGGGAGAAUCUCAACAAAUUGAACGAGUAGUUGAGAAAUUUGCUGAAUAUUAUGUUUCAUGUCAAGAAAAUAGUGAAGGAAUUAGGAGACUUAGUGGUAGUUCUACAAAAAAGGGGUCUGAAACUGUUGAAAUUGAUCAUGAACCUGUUAGACCAGAUAAAGAUUCUGUUUUUAUAUUAUCAUAUUCAGUAAUUAUGUUGAAUACAGAUUUACAUAAUCCACAAGUCAAGAGACAAAUGCUUUUAGAAGAUUAUAAGAGAAAUCUAAAGGGUGUUUAUAAUGGAAAAGAUUUUCCAGAAUGGUAUCUUUCUAAGAUUUAUCACUCGAUUAAAGAUAGAGAAAUAAUAAUGCCUGAGGAACAUCAUGGUACUGAUAAAUGGUUUGAUGAUGUUUGGCAUAAUCUUAUAUCCACUCAAGAUUUCAAACAAUUGAAUGAUCUUGAAGAAGAAGAAUAUGAAAUUUGUGAUUUUGAUAAAUACUUCUUUGAGUCAGUUAUUGAAAAAAUUAUUAGUACUAUUAUGGUUGUCUACAAUGAUGCAUCUGAUGAUCAUAUUGUCACUAGAUUAAUGUCAUCUGUUGAUAAAAUUAUCAAUGUUUGUAUGAAAUAUGAUCUUGAUAAUGCUGUUGACGAUUUAGUUAAUAGAUUGGUUACGUUCAGUACCUUGUCGAAAACUCCAAUUAAAAAAUCCCAAACUGAUGACAAUAUUCGUGAUGAAAUUCCAAUAACUCAAAUAAAAUUAGAAAAUAAAGAUGAUGAAGUAUUUGUUAGUGAUUUAGCUGUUUGGUUUGGGAGAAACUUUAAAGCUCAAUUAGCUGCUGUUAUGUUAUUCAGAUUACUAAAGAAAAGUAGAUGUAAAGUAACAAGUUCUUGGGAUAAAGUUAUAGAAGUUAUUUUAAAUUUAUUUGAAAAUUGUUUAGUUGAUCCAAAUAUUUUUAUUGAAUUUCAGAAAAAAGUUCAAAUUGGACAAUUAUCAAAAGUUUCACCAAUAUUCAUCAUAAAAAAUACAAAAUCAUUAAAUAAUUCAGGAUUAUUAUCAACUUUUUCAUCAUUCUUAAAAGGUUAUUCAGAAGAUCCUCCUGAACCAUCAGAUGCUGAAAUUGAAGCAACUUUAUCGACUAUUGACUGUAUCAAAUCUGUAAAUAUUCCCAAUGUAUUUGCAACAGUUUCUAAAAGUGAUUCUGAAAAUUUGAUUAAAUUUAUCGAGUUGUUACUUCUUGGUUUACCAAAAUAUGAAGAUAAAUCCAAGAGAUUUUAUGAAACAGAAACUUUAUUUAUUCUAGAAGCUUGUGUGUGUUUUGCUUUACUAUUGAAUGAACAAAAUAUAAUGCUGCAUGUCUUAUCAAAGUUGAAUCCAAAAAAUAUAAGUAAAAAGAGUCAAAUAAGAUUAACUGCAUACAAAUUGUUAUUGUUGAGAUAUUGUGAAAAUUAUACCAUUUUACUAGAGACUGUAAAAUCUAUUAGUAUUUUUGAUAAAGAAUUAAUUGGAAAGCAAGGUGGUCAAAUAGUACAACCUUUAUUAUCAUUACUUGAUGAUGAUUCUUGGUGUUGUAAAAAAUUAUUAUUUGAAGAAGAAUAUUGGAAUACAUUGCGCUUUUUGGGUUCUUUACAAGUUUAUGCAUUUGAUAUCAUACCAUUUCUCGAGGUCUUUAUUAAAAAUUCAAAAGAUGAAAUUACACCAAUAAAUUUUGUAUUUGUAUUAGCAUUGUUAGAUGAAAUAUCUUCAUUGGGUGCAGUCGGAUCACAAUUUGAACAAGAGAACGAACAAGUAGGAAACAAAAAAAUAGAUAAUUUAUACUACAAAGACGUUAUAUCAUUAUCCAAAAAAUCAAUUGAAUUGACAACAAUUCUUACAUCUAAGCAAAAAGAAAAUGAGGAAUAUCAAGAAAAAGGGUUAAUAUUUUAUGCGAUCCAAGCUAUUGGACAUCAAUGUUUCAACCCAUGUCGAGAAGUUAGAGAAUUUGCUGUAAAAUCAUUAAAAUCCAUAACUUUUUCCAUUGAAUUAGAACAAGAAAGAUUUUUAAAUGGGUUAUAUACUGCAAGUUUAUUUCCACUAUUUAAAGAAUUAUCAAAACCAGAAGUUUUCCAAAAGGGUAAAAAUGGAUUUGAUAUAACUCAAACUGAAGUAUUUUCAAUCAUGUGUAAAGUUUUUCUUAAAAAUUUAGAUAAGUUAAGUUUUGAAACAACAAAAGAAAUUUGGUUUGAGCUUUUAACAAUCAUUCAAUUAUUUAAUGAAAAUAAUGGGAAAUUUCUAAAACCUGAACAAAUUGAAUUAAAUGCUGAAAAUAUUAAAAAUUUAUUACUUGUUUUGGAAACAAAUGGGCUUUUAACUAAAGAAAAUGAAGAUUUUUACUCAAAUACUUGGAAUGAGAUUGAUAAACUAUUCCCGCAAUUAAGUAAAGAACUUAAAAAUGAUACCAAAGUCGAACCUAAUGAAGCUGAAAAAGAAGUCAAAUCAGAUGAAAUAUGA